UUGAGCCAGAAGCUACCACCGUGACUGGCGGAUUGCAGUGGUUUGUUCCAUGAUCGUGAGAGGUUGGCCCUUCAUGCUCACUUGCAUGUGAAGGUGAAUGACUUCCACAGGUUUCAAUGAUCGGCAUUUCUUCUGAACCACCCUCGAUGCCUACAUUUGAACGACACGGCGAAGUACGAGGGGGCCCACUCUCACAAGAAGCUAAAGUCGAAUGAUUGCAAGGAAUAACUGUUGCCUGAGAAGAAGCCACCAUGCCAAAAUCCUGAGCAGGUAAUUCCAGAGUCAUCUCUUCAUGUCCAUCGUCAUCAACCAUGGCAUGAUCAUCCAUAUCACUGGCAGGAUCAAAUUCAGGAAACAGAUAUGGAAAGUGUUCCAACUUCUUAUCAUCCCCGCUCUUUUCUAUCCCAAAGGCUUGGCCAAUCAGAGAAACAAAGAGUUUUCGGCAAGGAGCCAUGUGAUGCUGAAUCUUUUCAAGGACCCUGCUCCUGAAAUUCAAAUCUUUGAUUCCAUGAAAAGACGCAGGAAAGUCUGUAAUAUCGGGCAUAACUUCCUGGCAGUAAUCUAAAAAUCGCCUUGUACUUCGAGGUAUCUUAUCUUCAGGUCUGCGUGCGAAGGAAUUCAAAUACGCAGUCACAUUAGGUUGCCCCGCCUUCUUUCCAGAGGAAUAAACAAAGUCUUCUUCUUUCGCCACUCGUUCUAGAGCCAACGCAGCUUCAACGCAGACCCUGAAAUGGCGAAAGCGGCCGUCUUCCUUGGUGGCAUCAUCAUGCAACUCAUCACUACUUUGU